CAAAAUACUUACAAAUCUUUUGGAAGACGUCUGCUCCGUUGCAUUGGACUCCUUCGAUAAAGAUUUUGUCUAGUCACUAAUAGAUACAGAGUCUCUGAAUUGCACAAUCAUGUCGCUCAUGGCCAACGACCCCGGCGAGCUCUCGCUCAGCAAGCUCCUCUCAACUCUCACCCAUACAGUCCAUCCAACCACCUACGUCUUCGCCACUCUCACCUCCACCUCCAAUCUGCCACCUCUGUCCGAAACGCAAAUGAUCUUCAAGGAGUCUGAAGGAAUCACGGUGAUUACUAGCAAGAACUACGCAGAGUCACACAAGAUUGAAUACUUCUUCCCCUGCAAAAUGAUCAGUCUCAAUGUUACAUCGAGCUUGGAAGCUGUGGGAUUCAUGGCGGUUAUAGCGACAAGACUAGCGGCAAGGGGCAUUGGUUGUAACCCGGUUAGUGGUUUCUAUCAUGAUCAUAUCUUUGUGCCUCUUGGUCGGGAGGAGGAGUCAUCGGAAGUGUUGGUACAGAUAGCGGCCGAGAAGAAGGAAGAGAGUGAGAAGGUCUAAUGAAUGGGACUGUGGAGGAAAUCUGAUGAGUCUCUGGGUAUUCUUCGAUGUACAGGCCUCAAUGAGCCAGAAGAUAUUGAACCCAGAUAUAAGGUGUCAAAAUAAACUUAGCAGAGUGUGACCCUAAAACUUAAGCUAGAUUUACCUAAAUGUUUUCACCCCU